CCUCUCUUCAAGGAAGUCAGUUUUGCACUCGCUUAUGGUCUUCAAAGGAUUUGGUUCCUUCUUAUGCACCUACUGUAUAAGAUGAUCACAAUUUUUGCAUUAAUUCCAUGGAUCACUCUGUCUGUGGUGACAGAGCUGAGUGCUGCAGUCAGUUCUGUUGAUCGGUUUGUGCUGAAAGGAAACUCUACUAACCUCACAGUGGAGGGACUACAAACAGAGAAUGUCCGGAGACUUUCAUGGAAAGUAAACUCAACGCUUAUACUGGAGUACAACCUGAAGGAAAAGAAAGAGACGUACUUUGGCAGUUUUGAGCAGAAGACAAAUUUUAACCCCACAGACUACUCUCUGUACAUUAAGAACCUGAUGGAGACAGACAUUGGUCUCUACUCUGCUGAAAUUCUUGACAAUAAUGGAAAAUCCACCUAUCACACGAAGUAUAACUUACAUGUCCUGGAAGCUGUACCCAAACCCAUCCUAAAUCUGAUGUUACUCCAUCUCAACUCCUCUGGAACAGUUUGCAAUGUGUCAGUGAACUGCUCAGUUGGACACAGCUGGGUCUCCUGCACCUGUGAUCAGGACCAGUGUAAACAUGUGGAACUCCAGUCAGAUGUGAACAUCAGUGUCACUGCUAACAAGGGUACCAUCACCUGUACAGGCAGCAAUCUGGUCAGCAGUGCAAACCAGUCAAAAGCGAUGGAACCUCUAUGUGUUCAAUCCUCCCUUUCAGAACCCUUUCCAUUAACGGCUAUCAUUGCAAUCACUUUGGCAAUUUGCGUGGGUGUGUGUGUAUUAAUCUUUUUAGUAUUUUGGGUUAGAAGAUCCAUGAGGUCUUCAAGCCAUGCUACAUCACAGAACACCCCAGCAAAUGAAGCGGACACAAUAUACACCAAUCCAUUGGACCACAACAUACAAAGCCCUCAAAAUGCAAAACAAAAUUCUGAUCUAACUGUGUACUCCACCGUGGGUCAGAUAAGUGACCCAAAGCCUUACACUUGAAGUCCCGCCAAAGUUCAAUGCUGAUAUAACUACAUACAGUGCGGUGAAUUAAUGACUUUGAUUUGACUUCAAUAAAAACAAAGAGAAUGUCGCGUUGUAGUGAUAUGUAUGACUGUACUUUCUGGGAGUCAUUUAUGUAUGCAUCACUUUCUGAAUUUGUCGCAACUGCAGUAAUUGUCCCAGACAAGCCUUUGUGCCCCUUGAUUGUGGGACAUCCUCCAGAGCACUGCAACCCUGAUUUGGACAAAAAAUUUACGGUAGUGAAUCAGUUUGUGAAUGUGCGGUAACUGUGUAUAGUGUGUUAGUGCAGUCCCCACAUUAUGAAGAUGAUUUGUUCCAGAAACAACCUUUUGAAGUUGAGUUCUCAUAAAUCAAACAUAAUUACCACAAAUUUCCGCAGUAAAACUUCUUAUUUGUUCCUACGCCUGAGCACAGUAUGGGGAGGACUGUAAAAUGACAUUCAUACUUUAUGUAUGGAAUCAGUCUUUAAUGCAACAGAGCAAUAAAGAUAUCUAUUAAAUUAAUUGAAUUAAUUAUUAUUAAGUGCGGUGGUGCGGUGGGUUGGACCACAGUCCUGCUC